GCAAUAUUUAGCUAAAUAAAAUUAGCUGCAAAUCGAGAAACGUCCAUCAUGGAAGAGAUAGUAUCUCUAAUCCUUAUUGGGUGUAAGCUGGCUAGAGAAAUUGAAUCAAACCUACCAAACUUGGUCGACCAGCCCAACCUGCUCUCAAAGUCCUGUGAUGAGGUCAUAAAGGUUUUCCGAACCGCAAAGGAGCGCCUAUACAAGACACAAGGCAGUACUAGUACUUCUGCACAUCCCGGGCACAUGACGUUAUUCCAUGAGCCACAGGAUUCACUAGUACAGCAGCCGAGGAUCGAAUUUGCAAGUUUGCAGCAAUUGCUAAGGUCUAGUUGCACCCAAGCAAUGGACAAUAUUAUUCAGAUGCAACUACUUCAAGCUGAUCAUCAAAGGAUAAGCCCCAGCGUCGAUAUGCAGGACUCCGGUUCCAAAGUCAUUAAUGUUGCUGGUUUGGGUACUGGAGGCCGAUCAGAUCGGGUCGAAGGCUCUGCACCAUCUAGGAGCAUAGGAGGGGAGCUUCACCCCCUUCACGCUUCAGAGUCUGGCAUCGCUUCAUCCUCGCAAAGACAGCGGAGGAGGAAGGAUGAUGGGGAGAGACGGACGGUGAUCAAGGUGGCUGCACCUCGGGUUGGAAAUACCGAGAUUCCACCUGAGGAUGACUUCACUUGGAGAAAAUACGGUCAGAAAGAGAUACUUGGGUCAAGAUUCCCAAGGAGUUACUAUAGGUGCACCCACCAAAAGCUAUACCAGUGUCCAGCAAAGAAGCAAGUCCAGAGGUUCGAUGAUGAUCCCUACACGUACGAAGUUAUAUACCGAGGUGAUCACACUUGCCACAUGUCGUCCACCGCGCCAUCACUUCCACCACCACCACCGGUUGACAUUACUGAUCAUAAUGAUCAUGAGAUGGCCCAAAUUAUAAAUAUCCAACCUCCUCAAGAUUCCAGUUCAGUUCCUUCAAGCAGAUCAUGGCUCUCAACGGAGUACUUCAGCCUAAGAGCCGGAGGAGGGACGGUUGUCGGUGGUGGUGCGGGUCCAUCUACCACGCGAAGUCGUAAAGAAUUAGUUGCCGUUGAAUACCCGGUUACAGAUCUGGCCGAUGCAAUGUUUAAUUCUGGCAGUAGUAGCAGCAACAGCAUCGAUUUUCUCUUCCAUUCCAACGAAUUAAACAAAGGGCAGCAAGGGGACAAAGGAAAUAACACAGUCGACUGACGGGACGUUUUU